UGACGCUGUCAGUACUGGUGGUAGUAAUGUGUGCGCUCGUGUUGCAGUUUCAGAUCUCCGCGUAUCACCCGUGCGCUUAAACCUUUCCAGCGCCGUCCUUCACGUAUGGAGUUGCGCACCGAGGCGGUCCUGGCGAGUCUGGAGAUGUCGGAGGUGAAAAGCGACGGCGGAUCGUCGGAGGGCGACGAGGAUUACGAGAGUUUGCCCGCUCAUGCGUCCCUUUGCACGCACAUGACAGCGGGCGCCGUGGCUGGAGUGCUGGAGCACACAGUCAUGUACCCCGUGGAUUCAGUCAAGACACGUAUGCAGAGUUUACAGCCGGACCCAAAGGCUCAGUACCGCAGUGUGUACGGUGCACUGAAGAGGAUUGUGCGGACGGAAGGCCUCCUUCGGCCCUUGAGGGGCCUCAAUAUCACUGUGCUGGGGGCCGGUCCUGCACACGCACUCUAUUUCGCCUGCUACGAGCGGAUCAAGCGCAGCCUCAGUGACGUCAUACAGAACGGAGGCAACAGUCACAUUGCUAACGGUGUGGCAGGAAGUGUUGCCACUGUCCUCCACGAUGCCAUCAUGAACCCAGCAGAAGUGGUGAAGCAGAGGAUGCAGAUGUAUAACUCUCCAUACCGCAGCCUGUAUGACUGCGUCCUGACGGUCAGUCGCAAGGAAGGAUUGGCCGCCUUCUACCGCAGCUACAGCACUCAACUGACCAUGAACAUCCCCUUCCAGGCCGUCCACUUCAUCACUUACGAAUUCAUGCAGGAGCAUUUUAACCCUCAGCGCCAAUACCGGCCUGAGACGCACAUCCUGUCCGGAGCGGCGGCCGGAGCCGUGUCCGCUGCCGUAACCACUCCGCUAGACGUGUGCAAGACGCUACUAAACACGCAGGAGAACGUGGCGCUCAGCUCCGCGCAUGUUAGCGGACAUCUCUCCGGCAUGGUCAACGCGCUCAGGACAGUUUACCGGCUGGGUGGCGUGCCGGCGUUCUUUAAAGGUGUCAGAGCGCGCGUGAUUUAUCAGAUGCCGUCUACGGCCAUCGCCUGGUCCGUGUACGAGUUCUUCAAAUACUUUCUGACCCAACAGGAAACGCACAUCCAGGAACUAGGGAGGGACGCUCACAAGGCCAGCAAUACAUGAAGCCCGUUAGCACUGAAUCCGUUCAACCCAUCCAAAGAGUGAGCGUGAAGAUCAACAGAUCAUUUCUUAUGCAGUAGACACUCCAGCAGCUUCUGUGUUUGUUGCUAACGUUUUAAUUUAUUGGAAAAGUUUGAUGUUGUUACAAGAAUGUAUGGACGCUGCACACUACAGAAAGUUUUUUGUAAACAUGAUGGAAACAGACAGGUAAAGAUGUGUAGAUGUUUUGUUUGUGUUCUCACUUGCAUAACAUAUUUAUGAUUGAGCAUGAUGGUGUGCAUCAUAUUUAUAUAUGCGUACACAAUGUCUGCUUAAUGACAAAAACCCGUGAGGUAGAUUAGGUAGAACAUUUUUAUGUUAUUUUAUUUGCUCUUCUGAGCUUUUUAAUAUUUUAGGGGUUCAGACGAGUUUGCUUUUAUUACCUUAUUUUUUAUUUUAUUAUUACGAUGUUUUUUUUUUUUUUAAUAAUUUAAAACAUUCCUGAAUUCUGUUGCACAAUAAUCAGACCAAUUUUUAUUAUUAUUGCUGUUAUUUUAUUAUUUUUAUUAUUGCCUUGUCAUCUAUGAAAGCUGCCUGAGCUUCAAACUCUUCAAAUUUUUUUUAAAAAACUUUUGUUUUUUUUUGUUUUGUUUUUUUUUCUUUUUUUUAUCUUAGUCAGGGAAGAUGUCGUAUUUAAUGAAAAUAAAAUAAAAGUGUGGCUGUGUGGAAUGGAAGUACAUUAGGUUGUAGGUCACAUCUAAUAUUAACAGCCCACGUUUUCAGGUUUUGGCCUCUGGAAUUUGUACAACAAACACAGCUUCAUUUUUAUUCAUGUUCAAUUAAAUUUCAUAAACUCAAGACAUAAAUUCAAGACUAGAUUACUUGCGCCACGAAAACUCUUGUUUAUUCAAAUGUUUUACACUUUACAUUCUUUAGAUGGACUAAUCUACUAUUGAACUUUGAUUUCCAAACAUUGAUACUAAUUUAAUCAAACUGCCUGAUUUCAUCACACUAAAGCACUUAUGAUUUCUAAAUUCAUAGUGGAUUCCUCUGCUAAUGUACUCUGAAUUAUUUUCACGUUAGCAGUGCAAGUUGAAAGCUAAAAUGAAUGAUUUUUUUUUUUGUCUACAUAAUUGUCGACGAUGAUAUAUAUAUAACCAGUCAAGCCUCAGUGAUAUAAUUGAGACGUGAUCUAUGCAGUGGGUUUGCAGCAAGAUUUUCUGCUUUUUUAAAACCCUGAGAACUGAGAUCGUGAAAUCCCAAACCCAGAAUGAAAUCUUCAUGAAGUAGAUAGGAGCUUUCAUAGCUGUGACAAUCUAUUUCAGUCUGGGCUGUUUGUGAAUAUGCAGCUGACUCAUCCUUUGUGUUCUGCCUCUCUGUGAAUCUCUAGAUUCAGUCGCCCGUUCAGAAUAAGGCUUGCAUUGUUUUCUAGAAAUAGACCUUUAGUCAGAGUGGAUAGCAUAUUUAAUUUAAGAAAGAAAACAUCAAAAUCUAGAAAAGAUGGCUUUUCUGUGUUUUGUUGUCCAAAUGAUUGACAAACAUAUGCAGGUUUGACUAUUUGGGGCUUUUCCAUGAAAUUAAAGCAGAAUUUCUGUAAAUUGAAGCUUUGUUUAAAGUGACAGUUAACUGAAAAAUUUAAAUUAAGUCAUUUACUCACUUUAAUGUGGUUCCAAACCCAUAAUAACAUCAUAUAUUUUUGUUCAUUCAUUGAAAGUUGACAACCAAGAAGUUCAAGCUUCAAAUAAAGUUUAUCAUAAAACUAGUUUAUAUCUAUCCAAGUCUUCUCAAGAGACACCAUAUGAUAAACAGAUUUAAUUUAGUCUUGUAUUUACAUGUAAAUAUUGAUCAGUGAACUUACAUAAAGUGCAUCAUAUGGUAAACAAACUUGCUUGGCAUGCAAAAAAACAAUAAGAUUUGUUUUUGUGUCAACCAAUUUGAAUAACGAGAGAAUAUUAAAAAUAUCGUUAGUCUCUUAUGGGUUUGGGUGAGUAAAUGAUCAACAAUUUUUGGGUUGACAUUCAGUCUAGAGCUGCACGAUUACUUGUUAAAAGAUUGCCAUUUUGAUUCAAACACCUACUUGAUCUUAUUUCUAAAUGACAGCGAAUCGCCUGUGUCUGUUAAACCUUUAAUAAAGUCAUACCAGCACAUUUAAAUCUGUGUUCGCGCUGCCGCUGACACAGAAGAAGCUGCACAGGCAGUCCACCAUUUAUAGUUUCCAACCAUUUAUAGUUUGGAGAUAAACACUGAUGUCUAUGGUAAUGAUUAAAAUGGAGCAAAUCAUCUUUUGUAAGUAAUUUUCGGUUCAAAUUGGCGUUUCAAAUAAAAUGAAUGUUGAUUACAUUGUUUCGCCACUAGGUGGUAUGGUAGCCCUUUUCCGCCACUGAAUAAAAAACGUAAAAAAAAGAUUAUUGCGACUUUUUAUCUCACAAGUCUGACUUUUUUCUCAGAAUUGUGUGACAAACUCUCAAUUAUGACUUUUCCCCUUAGAAUUGCAGACUUUUCCCUUGAUUUUUUUUUUUUUUCAGAAUUGCGUGGUAUAAACUCGCAAUUGCACGUUAUACAGUCACAACUGCGAGAUUUAAACUCACAGUUCAGACUUUUUUCUCAGAAUUGCGUCAUAUUAACUUGCAAUUGCUACCUGUACAGUCAUAAGUGGGAGAUAUAAACUAAAAAUUCUGACUUUUUUCUCAGAAUUGCGUGAUAUAAACUCAGUUGCAAGAAAUAAAGUCAGAAUUCUGCAAAUGGGACUUUAUAUCUCGCAAUUCAGACUUUUUUUUCAGAAUUGUAAGAAGCUCCCAGUUGCGAGUAAUAAAGUCCAAUUUUGAGAGGAAAAAGUUAUGUUCUCAGAAUUGUGAUUAUAUCUAAAUUCUGAUUUACUAACUCGCAGUUGCAUGUUUUAACGUUAGAAUUUCGAGAUAUAAACUUAAAAUUCUGUUAAAAAAAAAAAAAAAAAGUCGCAAUUACUUUUUUUUCAUUUUUAUUCAGUGGCGGAAACGGGCUUCCAUAAGGUUGCAGCAAGUGGCUGUUAAAGAUGUGUUUGUCAUUGCAUCAUUCAUUCAAGAGAUUCGUUCAAAAACAUUGAUUCUUUCAGUAAUGAAACAAGUGAUGUACAUAUGAGUGAUUCAUUAAGUCAUUUAUUCAAACUUUUUUUUUUAAAUAAUUAAUUCUAAUUAAUUAAUUCUAAGUAAUUAGUACAUUAUUUUCCUUGGUUUAGAAUUGUGGGAGAAUCGUGAUCUCUAUUUGAAAAAAAAAAAUAAAAUAAAAUAAUGAUUCUCAGUUUAUCCAGAAUCGUGCAGCUCUAAUUAUAUAUUAUACUCCACAGUAACAAUAUUUGCAAGGGUUUAUGUUAACUAUUCUCUCCUCAGAUUUCUUGUAUGAGGCCCAAUAUGUCAGUUUUAUACAAACGCAAAAUGUGUUUUCAUUCCCAUCAAAUGACAUAUAGCACAUGCUCUUAAGUUCUGUGAUGAAUUUGCACUGGAAUCACGCACAGUAAUCAUGAGAGUAGAGGAAUGGAUUUGUAAAUAGUGUAUAGUAUUCAUAAGAGUUGUUCGUUUUGACAACUGUGAUUUAAAUUCUAUUUUAUCAGACUUUUAGUUCUUGACUGAGAUGAUACGCAUGUAUCUUAUGCAGGACGUCCUGUUAGAGGACCAACAGAUGAAACGCACACCAGAAGCAUCCUGCAGCAUUAGAUAUCACAGCGCCAGUGUUUUAGUGUUUUAUUUGCCUCUUUGAGCAUUCAUUAUCCGCUUGCCAGUGUUCAUACCGCAUCUUUGCAGUCUAUGCAGAGGACGGGACGGGACAGGACAGGACGGUGUGUGAGAGGGGUUCUAGUUUUACUGAGCUGACCGGUUUGUGCCUUUCCUGUGUCCUCUCUCACUUCCUGCUCCCUUGGACUUUUGUCCUCGGCCUUCUGUUUAGGGUUAGAUGCUCCUAAUGCCGUUCCAAUGAGAUUUUUGUUUGUUUGCCUUCUGAUUAAAUGCUUAUUGGUUUAGUACUUGAUUCGCUCUGUGUUUCCAGACCACUGUUUUUCAACUAGCAUCUAGGAACCAAAGAAAUGGACUUAUUCACUCACUACCUUUACAGUAUAGCUUUAUAUAUCACUAAUUUACACAUGCCUUUUAAUUUGACCUUUCAAAUGGAUUUGUAUAGACAUUUAUAGCGACGUUUUAGUUUUUUUUUUCUCUUUUUUAGGAUGCAUAGUUAGGUCAUUACAAUUGAGAUGAUGGAUGUGGUGAUAUUUAUCAUGAGGGGCCGUACUAAGCAAGUUUUUAUUUUAUUGGAUUGACCAAGGACAAAUUUCCGUUCCGGCUCAGUGUUGUACGGUGGAAACCCUAUGGGUUUGCUUCCUUUGGGUCCAGCAUUUUUAAAUGCUUGCUAUCUGUAAUUGCUCUGCAAAACUAGCUGUUUUACAAUACACAUUGUAUGUGAAUCCAUUUUAAAUUGUAUUUCGGUUUUCUCCUUUUAAAGUUUUUGCAUUUGAGUCCAGUAUUAACAACAUUCCGUUCGUGGUGUGUGAUCAUCACUACGCACCAUGCUUUGAGAAAACAUAAAACUGAUUUAUCAUUGUCUUAUGCUGAUAUUUGCCACAUUGCAGUGAAGAAGUGCUGCACUGUUACUCCUCUAAAUAUGCAUCAUGAACCAGUUCAUGUUUUGGCCGCUCUGUGCGCACAUUGUAGAAGUGGGAAUAUUUUAAUAAAAACAAUAGUGCCAUCUAGUGUACGCAGGUUUAAUUUUGUUUUUUACAGCAAUGAACAUGUAAAAUGUAGACUCUAAAAUUGAUUGGUGAAAAUGCUGCUACAGUUUGAAACACUGGAGCUGAAAUAAAAUGCGCAAUGAUCAAA